AGGGGGAUUCGGGUCUGAACUGAGACUUUACUGCCCUAUAAAACCCCUUCAGUAGGACAGCUGCCCUGCCCCGUUCCUGCCAAAUGGUCAUAGAAAUUACCUUGACAAAGUGUCCCCAUUUUCCUAAUGAUAACUUGGACUUAAGGAAUGGAAUCACAGUUUAUUUUCCAAUGCAUAAAGGCAUUUGCACUCUGGUGCAAUACAGGGAUUUCUCAUGUUGAACAUGAGCACACUUGUGUGAAUGCUGUAGAAACAGUGGCCUGCUGUCUUUAACUGUUAAACCUUGUUUCUUUGUGUCUGCUCAUUAACUUGUCUCCACAUUCCUCUGGGCCCCCCUUCUUCCCAGACAGUAAAUAUCCAACUGUGUCAGAAGGAGAUUAAGAUGGAGCAGGGGAGGGCAGGGAUGGAUGGCACUCAGAGGGAGCGGAGGAAGAGUGAUAAGUUAAGGACUGGGUUUGAUUGAAUCCAGGUAUAUCCUUUCCUCUAGAGUGCAGGGUUGGUUUUUCAUGUCACUAUUGUCCCUGCAUGGUUGAUUAAUGGAUGUUGAAUUUGGGCUGCAGACCAGGAAUUUGAAUCCCAGAUAGAGAGAGGAAUAGACAGAGGACAUGGCAAAACAAGAGGCUGAAGGAGGAUAAUGCUCAGGGCUGUGCAGCAAGGAUGUGGCUCAGGGGGUAAGAAUGGGCUGUCCUUCCCCCUUUCCUUUCUCUUGCCCAGCCCCCUUUUUUUUCUCCCCAAACACUUUGUUUCACAAACACACUUUCACACUGCUUCACAUACACAUUUUCAUACUGCCGCAAUCCACUGCUCAACUUGUAGGACAGACACCUGAAAGACAGGACCUGUAAAUCACUAAGAAAAAAAGAGGAGAGAGAAAGUGAGGAAGAGACAGCCCACGAAGCUGUACUAUAGCCCUGCAUCUUGACAAAGAUUUUCUGUUAGCAUAAACUGUGAAAGGGUGUCAAGGACUUACAACAUGAUACAAGUGAACAGAACUGUGGACUAGAGGAAGACUGAUCAAUUCUGGAAUAUCACCUUGCUUCCCCUCCUGUGUUGUUGGUCUUUGCCCGUACAUUAAUGUACUACUGACUCAGGUGUAUGUGUGUCAUUGUGAUCGAGUGACUCCACAGCAUUUGUUUGUCUGUCUGCUACCUGCUCUCUGUUUGUUUGUUUGUUUGUGUGUGUUUUAUGUGUAGUAUGCGGAGAACAUUUGUGUUGUUAUGCGUGUGUGUGAGUUUGUCCCUCUUCCACCAUACAAAGUCUCAAUCGCCUCCUGAAGGUGACAGCCUCACGGAGUGCACAGAUGGUUAUGAGUGGGAUGUUGGGAGUCAGCAUUGUAAAGAUAUCAAUGAGUGUCAGACCAUUGUGGAGGCCUGCCAUGGGGAGAUGAAGUGUUUUAACCACUAUGGUGGUUACCUGUGUCUCCCACGCUCUGCCUCUGUCAUCACCGCCCCUGAACCAUCCAGCCAAUCAGUGGCCAUCCUGCUGGUGGAGUCCAACGAGGCCUUCAGCCCCUGUCCUUUAGGCUAUGAUGCCCAGGGGGAGGGCUGUGUAGACGUGGACGAGUGUGUACUCGAUCUUCAUGACUGCCAGCCCAGCCAGCAGUGCGUUAACACUGUGGGCACCUACAGCUGCCAGUGUCCAGAUGGAUACAGUAACAUUGGUAUUGAGUGUGUGGAUAUUGAUGAGUGUAGAUACAGGUACUGUCAGCAUCGCUGUGUAAACGUACCUGGCUCUUUCUCCUGUGAGUGUGAGCCUGGGUUUCAGUUGGCUGGAAACAACCGUUCAUGUGUGGAUGUGAAUGAGUGUGAGAUGGGCGCCCCCUGUCAGCAGAAAUGUUACAACACAUAUGGCACCUUUCUUUGUCGCUGUGAACCAGGCUACGAACUGGGACCAGACGGACACUCAUGCAAUGAUGUAGACGAGUGCAGCUACUCCAGUUACAUGUGCCAGUUUCAGUGUGUUAACGAUCCAGGGAGGUUCUCCUGUAUCUGUCCAGAGGGGUACCAGCUACAGGGCACCAGACUCUGCCAAGAUGUGAAUGAGUGUGAAACAGACAUAGACCAGUGUGGAGAGGGCCAGACCUGUAUUAACAUCCAUGGGGGUUAUCAGUGCACUGAUUCCAACCGCUGUCGAGAGCCCUAUGUGCUAACAAGAGCCCUAUUGUCUGACAACCGCUGUGUUUGCCCGGUCAUCAAGCCUGAGUGUCGUGACCUCCCCUUCUCCAUCGUCCACCGUUACAUGAGCAUCACCUCAGAGCGCUCUGUCCCCUCAGACAUCUUCCAGAUCCAGGCCACCCGCGUCUACCCUGGAGUCUACAACACCUUCCGCAUCCGCUCUGGGGACCACAAUGGGGAAUUCUACAUACGGCAAAUGAACAACUUCAGUGCUGUGCUGGUCCUGGACCGUGCUGUGACCGGUCCAAAAGAGUACACCCUGGAUCUGGAGAUGGUGUCUGUCAACCCCCUCAUCAGCUACCAGACCAGCUCUGCCCUGCGACUGUCUGUCUUUGUAGGACCUUACACCUUCUGAGGAGAGAGAUGGAGUAAAGAGAGAAAGCGAGAACAGAAAUAGAGAGUGGGAGGGAAAUGAAAAGAGGAAAACUGUUAAGGACAUGAGACAGAAACAUUUCUCAGACUCAUUUCUGCUAUACUACUAUGUAUCUUUAAAACAACUGCCCGGGGAAAAGCUAGUUGUGAAAGCAUUCUUCCAUAAUUCUGUGAGUCACCAGACACACAUCCUCAUGCACAUGCACACACACCAGUGGUGGCUGAUGUCACUUUAAAUGGGAGGACAGGCUCAUUACAAUGGCUGGAAUUGAAUAAAUGGAACUGAGUCAAACUUGUUUUUGAUGCUGUUCCAUUUAUUCCAUUCCAGACAUUAUUCCCUCCCUUUACCAGACUCCUCUGACACACACACAAGGACACACGCAUGGCACACUGGGACAGGGUGCAUAUGGCUGGCACACAGGUAUAUCGCAAUAGUUUAAGACAGUUCAAUCAGUAAUAUUCCCAGACAGUUAUAUUAACAGAUGAACCUAUCACCUUGUGUUCACCAUAGUUGGUAUCUAGCCUCUUCACCAUCAUUUUAAUAGUCUGUUGCUGCACAGAAGACUAGCUAAGUUAUAUAGAGGGACAUUGUUACCAAGGAAAUUGAUAAAAACAUCCUUUCAAGGCUACCAUUUCAACCCAUGUUAUACUGUUCUCUUUCUCUCCAUCAAGGAUGUCGUUUUUUUAUUUUUUUACUACUUACGGUUGUUUUGACAUGUUACUAAAAAUUAAAAUAAUUGAAACCAACA